CGCCCGGCGCCUUCUGCGUGGUGCCGCUGCCGCUGAGGCCGGAGCCUUCGCCGUGGUUGUCGCCGCCGCCGCCCAGGCCUAAGUGUAAGCCCAGGCCGGAGCCACUCGCACGCCGCGCCCCGCGGCCCGGCUGCGCGCUCGCCAUGUCGGCCCAGGCGCAGAUGCGGGCCCUGCUGGACCAGCUCAUGGGCACGGCCAGGGACGGAGAUGAAACCAGACAAAGGGUGAAGUUCACAGAUGAUCGUGUUUGCAAGAGCCACCUCCUGGAUUGCUGUCCUCAUGAUAUCCUGGCUGGAACACGAAUGGACCUGGGGGAGUGUACCAAGAUCCACGACUUGGCCCUGCGAGCAGAUUAUGAGAUUGCGAGUAAGGAGCGAGACCUCUUCUUUGAGCUGGAUGCGAUGGAUCACCUGGAAUCCUUCAUUGCAGAGUGUGACAGGAGAACAGAACUGGCCAAGAAACGCCUGGCUGAGACACAGGAGGAGAUCAGUGCAGAAGUGUCUGCAAAGGCAGAGAAGGUACAUGAGCUGAAUGAAGACAUUGGAAAACUCCUAGCUAAAGCUGAGCAGCUGGGAGCUGAAGGAAAUGUUGACGAGUCUCAAAAGAUCCUGAUGGAAGUGGAAAAAGUCAGAGCAAAAAAGAAAGAGGCAGAGGAAGAAUACAGGAAUUCAAUGCCUGCCUCCAGUUUCCAGCAGCAGAAGCUGCGUGUGUGUGAAGUCUGUUCAGCAUAUCUGGGUCUCCAUGACAACGACCGGCGUCUUGCUGACCACUUUGGAGGCAAAUUACACUUGGGUUUCAUUCAGAUUCGUGAGAAACUGGAUCAGCUGAGGAAAACAGUGGCAGAAAAGCAAGAGAAGAGAAACCAGGAUCGUUUGAGACGGAGGGAGGAGAGAGAGCGAGAGGAGAGAAUGGGCAGACGGUCUGGAUCAAGAAAUAGAGAUCGUCGACGGUCACGGUCUCGGGACAGGAGGCGAAGGCGCUCGAGGUCAGCUUCCCGUGAACGGCGGAAGUCUCGCUCCCGGUCCCGAGACCGACACAGACGCCACCGGAGCCGUUCCCGCAGCCACAGCAGAGGUCACCGACGGGGGUCCAGAGACAGGAGUUCAAAACACAAAUCUUCUAGAGAUCGAUCUUCAAGAGAAAAGUCACGAGACAGAGAAAGAAAAGAGAAGAGCUCUUCUGAGAGGCGCCACGAGAGCACAAAUGGCAAAUCUCGUUCCAAGAGAUCAGAAGAGAGAGAAGCUGGCGAGAUCUGAACUCAAACCGAUCUGUGUUGCACUGUAAAUAGUCCGAUAAACAUUCUACACAAAGCCUAAAUUCCCCAUUUAUAUUUACUGAAUACGACUCAUCUUUUGUAGUUUGGGGUUUUUAUUGUUUGGCAGAUAGCUGUGAGUUUGUAGAGACACAGAGUUACGUACUGUUUAACAGGGGGUUGUUUCAGUAGGGAGUAAAUAAAUCCGGACGGAUUGUUUCCCAGAGCAGGCCAGCGGCUGGUGCACUGUGUUUGUCCUGGCCCAGCGUGCUCGGAGCUGCCCUCAGGCUUGUAAUGCUUCAGCCCUUUCCAAAAGAUCUACCUGACCCUCUGUGAGCAAGCCAGUAGUGCUCGUUCUCAGUUAAUUUCUCCUUCUGUUUAUAUAUGUUAAAAGAAAUUCAGAAGUGUUUUGGUUGGGUUUUUAUGUUAGUGGUUGUUUUU